AUGCUCAAAGUCACGGUGCCCUCGUGCUCCUCCUCGUCCUGCUCUUCGGUCACCGCCAGUGUGGCCCCAGGAGCCGGGAGCCUCGUCCCGGAUUACUGGAUCGAAGGUUCCAACAGGGAUGCGUUGAGCGAUUUCUUCGAGGUGGAGUCGGAGCUGGGACGGGGUGCUACAUCCAUUGUGUACAGAUGCAAACAGAAGGGGACCCAGAAGCCUUAUGCUCUCAAAGUGUUAAAGAAAACAGUGGACAAAAAAAUCGUAAGAACUGAGAUAGGAGUUCUUCUUCGCCUCUCACAUCCAAACAUUAUAAAACUUAAAGAGAUAUUUGAAACCCCUACAGAAAUCAGUCUGGUCCUAGAACUCGUCACAGGAGGAGAACUGUUUGACAGGAUUGUGGAAAAGGGAUAUUAUAGUGAACGAGAUGCUGCAGAUGCUGUUAAACAAAUCCUGGAGGCAGUUGCUUACCUACAUGAAAAUGGGAUUGUCCAUCGUGAUCUCAAACCAGAGAAUCUUCUCUAUGCAACUCCAGCCCCAGAUGCACCACUCAAAAUCGCUGAUUUUGGACUCUCUAAAAUUGUGGAACAUCAAGUGCUCAUGAAGACAGUGUGUGGAACCCCAGGGUACUGCGCACCUGAAAUCCUUAGAGGCUGUGCCUAUGGACCUGAGGUGGACAUGUGGUCUGUCGGAAUAAUCACCUACAUCUUACUUUGUGGAUUUGAACCAUUCUAUGAUGAAAGAGGUGAUCAGUUCAUGUUCAGGAGAAUUCUGAAUUGUGAAUACUACUUUAUCUCCCCCUGGUGGGAUGAAGUAUCUCUAAAUGCCAAGGACUUGGUUAGAAAAUUAAUUGUUUUGGAUCCUAAGAAACGGCUGACUACUUUCCAAGCUCUCCAGCACCCAUGGGUCACAGGCAAAGCAGCUAAUUUUGUACACAUGGAUACCGCUCAAAAGAAGCUCCAAGAAUUCAAUGCCCGACGCAAGCUUAAGGCAGCAGUGAAGGCCGUGGUGGCCUCUUCCCGGCUGGGAAGCGCCAGCAGCAGCCACAGCAGCAUCCAAGAGAGCCAGAAGGCCGGCCAGGCACCUUCUUCGAUUCAGGAUGGCAGUGAAGAUGUUAAAGCUAUCUCAGAAGGAGACGAAGUUCAAGGAAGUGGGGCCCCAGUGGCAGUUGAGCGGGCAGAGGCUGAGCUGAUGAAGGUACAGGCCGUAGAAGAAGUUAAAGAUGCUGAUAUAAGUGCUGCCAAGGCCGCCAGUGCGGUGCCCAAAGCAAUAGAAGAUGGGACAAAGGUGGCUGACCCGGAAAUCGAGGAGGGCCUAGUAGAGGAGAAGCUGAAGACCUUGGAGGAAGCAGCAGCCUCCAAACAAGAGCAAGAAAACCCGGCUGUGGUAUUUGGAGCUCAGCAGAAUGAUGUGAUCCUGCCAGAGUACUGAUUUGGCUUCUUUCCAGUCGGGAGGCCAAAUGCGGGCACUUUGUAUGUUUUGUCCUUCAGCAAGGAAGAUGUAGAAGCAUGAUCUGCA